CCUGACAUUCAUGGGACUGCAGACAAAGAAGGUCCUGCUGACACCCCUCAUACAUCCGGCUCGCCCUUUUCGAGUUUCAAACCAUGACCGAAGCAGCCGGCGUGGGGUGAUGGCCAGCAGCCUGCAGGAACUUAUCAGCAAGACUCUGGAUGUCUUGGUCAUCACAACCGGCCUGGUCACGCUGGUGCUGGAGGAGGAUGGUACCGUGGUAGACACAGAGGAGUUCUUUCAGACCUUAAGGGACAACACACACUUCAUGAUCUUGGAAAAGGGACAGAAAUGGACACCGGGCACUAGGUAUGUCCCAGUCUGCAAGCAACCAAAGAAAUCGGGAAUAGCCAAAGUCACCUUCGACCUAUACAGGCCGAAUCCCAAGGACUUCCUCGGCUGCCUCAAUGUCAAAGCCACCAUGUAUGAGAUGUACUCUGUGUCCUACGACAUCCGGUGCACAAGCUUCAAGGCAGUGUUAAGGAGUCUUCUGCGGUUUGUGUCCUAUGCUGCCCAGGUGACAGGACAGUUCCUGGUCUAUGCGGGCGCGUACAUGCUCCGAGUACUGGGAGACACGGAAGAGCAGCCGUCCCCCAAGUCUAGCACCAAAGGCUGGUUCAUGUAGUCAGUCACGGCUACAGGGGCCCAGGGACCCACCUUUUGUGAAAAUUCACUACCGUCUGUUACAGGCUGUGGGAUGCCAGAGGAAGGGAUGGGGGCUUGGUGGUAGCACCCAGUGCAGGGCAGAACAGCAGGAGUCCUGCGAGGGAAAGGAGGCAGAGGUGCCUUUCACGGAGGUGCCGUUCACGAGCUUUAGGAAGGGACCAACAGCAGAGUGCCUGGGAACAGCACGGGUAUGAACCAGUCCCUUUGGAUCCUUACAUAGUGUA